AUGAACAGGGGAAGGAACGCUAAUAAACCAACCUACAGCGCUGAUAACGUGAGAAGGGCGAUAGACGCCAUUAAUACCCGAGGGAUUUCCGUUAGGAAAGCUGCGACAAGUUAUGGUAUCCCAAGAAGUACUCUUCACGAUAAACUAAUGAACAAGGUCCCUAUUGAGUUCAAAAAGGACCCUCCCCCUAUCCUGUCACACGAGGAGGAGCAGAAACUUUCUCUCUGGGCUAUCCAGAUGUCCCAGAUUGGGUACGGGCGGACUAGGGAGCAGCUCCUUGACACAUUGGCAAAGGAAAGGGCCAUGGUUACAAAAGAAAAAAUUGACCAGUGGUUUGACUCGCUUUCAGAGUAUUUAAAUCAAAAUGCAGAUAUGCAGUUACUAAGCAAACCAUCACGCAUUUUCAAUGCUGAUGAGUCAGGGUUUCCCCUUUGUCCAAAAAGUGGCAAAGUUCUUGCAGAGAAAGGAUGCCAAAAUGUGUAUAAUUUCUCAUCCUCAGACAAAUCUCAGGUAACGGUUCUGGCCUGCGCUAGUGCAGCUGGGACGUACGUUACUCCUAUGAUAGUAUAUCCCGGGAGUAGGUUUCAUUAUAAUCCUCUAGAGGGAUUUGAAUCUGCCGUCUUGGGCAGGAGUGAGAGUGGUUGGAUGGACUCUGAGCUGUUUGCUUCUUGGCUGCACACUGUGUUCAUACCACAUAUCAAUCGCUGUGCAGUCAAAAAGCCAGUGGUUCUUUUUGUCGAUGGUCACUCCACUCACCUCACUUUGGAUGCAUGUAAUGCAUGCAUAGAUAAUAACAUCAUCUUAUAUUGUCUCCCUUCACAUGCAUCACAUGUUAUCCAGCCCUUAGACCUGUCUGUUUUCCUCAUUGAA